CAAAUUGAAUUUCAAAAGCCAGAGAGGGAGGAGCGAGACAAAGGCUAGUUUAGUUGUUGCUUCUCCUCUUCUUUGAAAAAAGAUCCCUUCUUUUCCCGUCUAAGUUUGAAAAUCCAGCCAACAUUGGGUCGACUUUUCUUUUUCUAUGUGAAUGACAUAACUUCUCUUCUCGGAUUUUGGAUUUCUUGAAUUUACCGUCAGAAUUUCCCUGGAGAAUCAGUGAAUUUUCGAGGAUUCUUUUUGUUUUUGCUUUUGAAUGGAUAAAAGUGAGGGAGGGCAUUUGCCUCCAACGAAGGCUCAAUCGGAGCCGGCUAGCGCUCAGGUGGAAGCGGAUUAUCCGGCAAAGAAGCUAGCGAGGCAGCUGGAUUUCACGGGAGGUGGAGGUAGUGCACCGGGGCAAGCCCCAACGGCGUCUUUGUCGGAACAUGCUAAGCAGAUUCAACCGCAGGUAAUGAAUUCUAAUCAGUUAACAGUGUCCAUGAAGUCAACACAACUGAUAAGGCCACAGUCACAGACACAGCCGCAAUUGCAGCAACAUAUACUGUUGAUGCCGAUGCAACAAACUCCUGUCCUGCCUCCGCAUCCUUCAAUACGACCUUUGAAACCCGAAUCACCAAAAGCAAGGUCAAGGCAAAGUUCCAGUGAAGCAAAGGAUGGUACACCUAAAAAGCCAAAGCAGUGUAACUGUAAGCAUUCUCGAUGUUUAAAGUUGUAUUGUGAAUGCUUUGCUUCUGGCAUUCACUGUGAUGGAUGCAACUGUGCCAAUUGUCUUAAUAAUGUCUCAAGUGAAGGUGCUAGGCGAGAAGCUGUUGAAGCUACUCUAGAGCGUAAUCCAAAUGCAUUCAGACCUAAAAUUGCCAGCAGUCCCCAUGGAGCUCGAGAGAAAAGGGAGGAAGCUGGGAAUGGCUUAGUACUACCAAAGCAUAACAAAGGUUGCCACUGCAAGAAAUCAGGUUGCCUUAAGAAGUACUGUGAGUGCUUCCAAGCCAACAUUCUUUGCUCUGAAAAUUGCAAAUGCAUGGACUGCAAAAAUUUUGAAGGAAGUGAAGAGAGGCAGGCACUUUUCCAUGGGGAUCAUGCCAACAACAUGGCAUAUCUCCAGCAGGCAGCAAAUGCUGCUAUAACUGAUGCCAUUGGAUCCUCUGGUUAUGGAUCUCCUCCAGUGAAUAAGAAAGGAAAGCCUCAGGAGCUGUUCGUUGGGUCAAAGAAUAAAGACCCUGUUCAUAGGCUGGGUCAAUUUCAACAGGAAAACCAGAUUAAAGCUUCAGUUCCACCAUCUUUGUUGACUGCCAUUCCUGGUCCCCGUAUUAGUAAUGCAGCCUUAGGUCCUUCAAAGCUUACGUACAGGUCUCUGUUAGCAGACCUAAUCCAGAUGCAUGACAUCAAGGAGCUUUGCUCUGUUUUAAUUGUUUAUACACGGGAAGCGGCCAAGAUGCUUGCAGAUGAAAAAGAUGCUUCAUUAAAACAGGCCAAGUGCUACAGAGAAGCUUCUUAUCCUUAUUCAGGUGUUGAGAAGGUGAUGCCUGAUGAUUGUUCAACUGGAAUACAGGCCGAGAGUAUGAGGGUGGAUGAGUCUAGAUUGGAUAGUGCUGAUGUAUCAAAAGAAGGGUCAAUAUCUCCGGGAACAUUAGCUCUCAUGUGCGAUGAACAGGAUACAAUUUUUACUGCUGCUGCUGCUCUCCCUAAUGACUCAACAAGCCUAAUCUAUAAUACAUCUUUCCAACUGCCUCAUGGGCAUGGCAUGGCAGAAAUCUACCCAGAACUGGAGAGAAUCGUGUUGGCACAAACUCGUGAUUGUCUUAAAAAGCUGAUCACUUUGGGAGAAAUAAAAGAAAAAAAAUGUUCUUCAAUGGUGCGAGAUACUGAUUCAGGUAGACAAAACAACGCGAGCAGCAAUGGUGUAGCCAUGAAUGAUUCAAAUAAUCAAGAAGAACCUUUCAGUAAUGGUGUUGCCAGUACUGUUCCACCUCCACCACCACAUCAAAAGGUUGACCCUGGAACUACUGCUGCUAAUAACGCAUGUCCCAAAGUUCAUCCACCGGAUGGGAAUAGGGACAUGAAAGAAAAAAAUCUGAAAUAAACUGUAAAGAAUUUUAGAUUGAGAUUUAUCUAUAGAUGCUGAAUCUUUGUAAUAUUGGGCUGUUCUUCUUUGGGUUUCUCUUCGAUGCAGUGACAAGGUUAUUUCAUGGAACUAACCAGCCCCACUCAUGUAACUUUUACUACAGUUUUCCUUGGUAUAAGGAAGGGAAAAGUACACAGAAUACCCAUAUGGGCCUAUUUAAGUACAUGUUUUUAGGAGUAAUUUGAGAUUUGCACCCUAA